AUGGGUUAUAACUACAUUGAUAUCGAAUGCGACUCUUCCCUUGUAGUUUCAUGGAUAUCCUCCCCAUACGUGAAUGACCUGGUAUAUUGGGAUGUGUUGAUGAACGAGCUCAUCAUGAUUAUUUGUCAAGAUAGAGAUCAACAGGAGAUACGACUAG